CGAAAAUCUUGUAAUACCGAAUAUUAAUACAGGCAAUCUAAGACCAAUAGCUCACCUGAGAGCACAGUUGAUACGUCACAGCUAUGGCAUCCUCCACUGGUCCCCUGUCAGAGGAGCUUCAGUGCUCUAUCUGUUUGGAUGUGUUCACUGAUCCAGUCACCACUCCAUGUGGACACAACUUCUGUAAGAACUGCCUGAAACAGUGUUGGGAAAAUAGUCUGGCCUUAAACUGCCCAUUAUGUAAAGAAACAUUCUGUAAAAGACCCGACCUUAAGAUCAACACAGCACUUAGACAGGUUGUGCAAAUCAUCAAGGAAAAGUCACAGAAAAAAUUGGAGGUACUCUGUGACAUCUGUGAUGAUAAAAAGAUGAAAGCUCUGAAGUUGUGCCUGGUGUGUCAGACAUCUUACUGUGAAACUCACCUGGAGCCUCAUCAUAGAGUGCAAAAUUUAAAGAAACAUAAACUGAUUGAUCCUGUGAAGAAUCUUGAGGACUAUAUAUGUCAGAAACAUGAGAAAUAUAUGGAGCUGUUCUGUCGAGAUGAUCAGACAUGUGUGUGCUUGCUCUGCGCUGUGACAGACCACAAGACUCACAACACUGUUGUUAUAGAGACGGAGAGUGUAAAGAGAAAGACUCAGCUGAUGAAAAUGCAGAAAGAUGUGCAACAGAUGAUCCAGGACAGAAUGAAGAGAAUUCAAGACAUAAGAUACUCAGCAGACCUCAGAAGAAAAAGCACAGAGGAAGAGAUAGCAUGCAAUGUUGAGCUCUUCACUGCUCUGAUGCGCUCCAUUGAGAGCUGUCAGACUGAGCUGCUUGAGAUGAUGGAGGAGAAGCGGAAAGCAGACGAGAAACAGACUGAGGGGCUCAUUAAAGAGCUGGAGCAGGAGAUCACUGAGUUAAAGUGGAGUGACACUGAGCUGGAGCAGCUCUUAUACACUGAUGAUCACCUAUAUCUCUUACAGAUUUACCCAUUCCUGUGCAGCCCUGUGAACACCAAUAACUGGCCUGAGACCAGUACAAUUAACACUGAGCUGAGUGUUGAACCUCUGAUAAGAGCUCUGAGUCAACUGCAGAAGACUCUAGAUGAGAAACUCUGUCAAACUGUGCUGAAGAAAAUGCAGCAAUAUGCAGUGGAUGUGACUCUGGAUCCUGACACAGCUUCUCCAUAUCUUAUCCUGUCUGAUAAUGGAAAAGAAGUGAGAGAUGGAGACAUUAAGCAGAAACUCCCAGAUAACCCAGAGAGAUUUGAUACUUGUCUUUGUGUACUAGCAAAAGAGGAAUUCUCCUCAGGGAGAUUUUAUUUCAAGGUGCAGGUGAAGGGGAAAACUGAAUGGGAUAUAGGAGUGGCCAGAGAAUCCAUUAACAGGAAGGGAAAGAUCACAGUGACUCCUCAGAAUGGAUACUGGAGUGUAGCUCUGAGGAAUGGGAAUCAGUACCAGGCAUCUGAGUCUUCCACACUCUAUCUCUCUGUACGAGUGAAGCCACAGGUGUUGGGUGUGUUUGUGGAUUAUGAGGAGGGUCUGGUCUCUUUUUAUGAUGUGGUGUCCAUGUCUCAUAUCCACUCUUUCACUGGUCAGUCAUUCACUGAGAAACUCUAUCCAUACUUUAGCCCUGGUAAUAGUAAAAAAGGUAAAAAUUCAACACCACUUAUCAUCUCAUAGAUACAGUCAAUGAUUUCAUUACCAAAAUAUGAAGUUCACAAUUAAAAUAGUGCUAGUUUUGUUGUGUAGCUGAAAAUAGUAAAAAUAUGUAUGUGGUUUUCAAGCAAUGAGAAUGAUAUGUCAACUGAUUUUUUCUUUAUAGUGUUUCACUGAUUCUUGAGACUAAACAUAUUUGAAAACUGAGUUUGUAUUUUUUUUUAAUACUAAAUUAAUUUGAAAUGGAUAAAUUUCUGGACAAUGGUCUCAGCAAACGAAACAUGUACGUGAACAGGUUUUUAUAAAAAUUUGGAAAAUGGACAUUUAUUCACUUCAUAAUUUACAUCAUGCUAUAUUUUGUGUCAACCCCAUCAGACACACUAAAAGCAUACUGUUUAAAUCUGAUCCAUCCAACAAGAGUGUAAAGUCUUUAAUUAUCUAAUAAUGGUGUUCAAUAAAGGAGUUAAGUGAUGAAAUACA